AGAUCUCCCUCUCAUAACCAUUGCUGUUAGCCACUUCCGGUUGGGAAAAAAAAGAUCACGUCUUAUUAUUGUGAGCCUUACGCGGUUGAUUGUUAAAUUUCAACAUGUCUAGGAGAAGAAGGGAAAGCUAUAGUGACGAUGAAGAUGAUGAGCGUCCAAGAAAGAGAAGGACAGAGCUCAUUGACAUAGAAGAUCGUCUGGAAUCCUUAAUAACAAGAGUCGGUGAAAAAAGCACAUCAUCCUUAGAAAGCAACUUAGAAGGUCUUGCAAGUGUUCUUGAAGCAGACCUGCCCAACUAUAAAGUGAAGAUCAUGCGAAUCCUUUGCCAGUGUGUGGUCAACAUGCCAGAAAAAUUGACAGUUUACACCACGCUUGUAGGUCUUCUCAAUGCAAAAAACUACACAUGUGGAGGAGAGUUUGUUGAGAUGUUGGUCAGAAAUUUAAAAGAAGCUUUAAAGACAGGUUCUUGGGAGGAGGCAAGAUUAAUGGUACGCUUUCUUGCUGAUCUUGUCAACUGUCAUGUCCUUGUGGCAGCUUCAGUUCUUCAAAUGUUUGACAAUUUCAUUGAAGUUGUUCUAGAAGAUAACAUUCCUCAGGUACGAUCCGAUGUAUACGUGUACACUGUUUUGUCUGCUUUACCUUGGGUUGGUCGAGAGUUAUUUGAAAAGAAAGAAGCAGAACUCAACAAACUUCUGGAGUCAGUUGACAGUUAUAUUGGCAAGAGACAGAAGAUACAUAUGCCAGCUUUGCGGGUGUGGUCAGUUGAUGUGCCACAUCCACAAGAAGAGUACCUGGACUGCCUAUGGGCACAGAUCUGCAACCUUCGUAGCAACAAGUGGCGAGAAAAGCAGAUUGUGCGACCCUACUUGGCCUUUGAUGGUGUCUUGUGUGAUGCUCUGCAGCACACCUUGCCUCAGAUCAUCCCUCCUUCUCAUAAUGAGGAGAUGGUCUACCCUCUCCCUCGUGUUAUCUUCAGACUGUUUGAUUACACAGACGUACCAGAGGAGACUGUGCUUCCAGGCAGCCAUGCUAUUGAGAGGUAUUUGAUCGAGGAACAGAUUGAUUGCAUCAUUCAUGCAAACAAUGAAGAACGCAAGGACUGUGCUGCUGCAUUGCUUAGCUACCCAGUGAAGAACAAAAUUCCUCUGAACUACAUGAUUGUAGAGGUGAUGUUUGCCCAGCUCUUCCAGCUGCCUUGUGCCCCAUACAUUGAACUGUUCUAUGGAUCCACAUUCAUAGAGCUGUGCAAACUCCAGCCCAGCUCCAUGCCUCAAGUUCUUGCCCAGGCUACGGAGUUAUUGUUUGAAAGACUUGACAGCAUGCACACAAUCUGCAUAGAGAGGCUUGUCAACUGGUUUUCUUAUCACUUGAGCAACUUCCAGUUUCGAUGGAGCUGGGAAGACUGGGUAGAAGUGACAAGUAUGGAUAAAGAGGCACCCAAGGCCAAGUUUGUGCGGGAGGUUUUCCUCAAGUGUAUGAGGUUUUCUUACCAUCAGCGAAUAGUUGAAAAUGUACCUGAGUCAUUCUUGGAGCUUUUGCCAGAGAAGCCACAUGCAGAUUACAAGUAUGAACAAGAACAAGGAUCGUUGCCAGGUAAAAUGGCAGCACAUGCUCUGAUGAAUGCAAUUAAGUCCAAGUGCACACCAGAUGAGGCGGCCCAGAUCUUGAAAGACCUGCCCAAUAAGUUUCCAAAUGGGGAAGAAAACGACAAUCCUUCCUUUAAUCCAUUGAAGAUAGAUGUAUUUGUGUCAACUUUGUUAUUUCUUGGGCAAAAGUCUUUCAGCCACUCCUUUGCUGCUCUUGCCAAAUUUUACCCGAAUCUAAAAUCAUUAGCUGAGACAGAAGAAAGCCAAAUCUAUUUGUUGAAAACCCUACACAGUGUGUGGGGUUCGCAUCAGCAGAUGAUGGUGGUUCUGGUGGACAAACUACUUAGAACUGAAAUUGUGCAGUGUCACUCAGUGGCCAUUUGGUUAUUCUCAGACACUAUGCAGAAAGAUUUCACCAGUUUUCACGUUUGGGAAAUCUUGCACAGCACCAUCAAAAAGAUGACCAAACAUGUGGAUCAGCUACAGUCAGAAGUAGAUGAAGCUCGUGAUAAACUUGAUGCUGCCAAAAGAAAGGAAGCUGAUGGCAUGGAAAUCUUCUCUGAUGAAGAGGUACCAUCAGAAGAAAUGAUUGAAAGGUUGGAGGAAAAACUGGAAGCAGCCACUAGUCAGCAGAAGAAUCUUUUUUUGAUAAUUUUUCAGCGAUUCAUUAUUGUGCUAACAGAGCACUUGGCAAGAUGUGAGUCAGCUGGCGUGGAAUACAAUACCACUUGGUAUAAGUGGGUUACUGAGAGGCUGCAGCAGGUCUUCCUGCAGCAUCACCAGUUGGUCUUCUGCUACAUCAGCACACUUGAGAGCUUGCUUUUCACCUCUGAUAUAGACAUCCAUAUUCUGGAAGUGUUUCAGCAGUUCUGUGCCCUUCGCUCUUGAAAUAACUGUUCACUUUUCUUCUCUGGAUGUGUUGCUGACUGGCAGAAUCUCAUGGAGAUUCUUGUUAUUAUGGUGUUAGUUUUGACUGAAUGUGCAACAGACAUUUCUUAUGUGGGAAGCUACUGAAUCUUUAAGCAAACAUGGUCUUUUGGAAUCAGUAGUGGGUUAGAAACGGGACUGGUUUGACUGGUGAAUGUAGCUACGGAUUCAUUACAGUAUUUCUGUGAAACUGCAAUUUAUUUCUCUAGAACCAAUUUGUAAGUGUAAUUGUAGUAAAGCUUUCAUAGAAACAAAAUUGACUUGCCCCUACAUAGUUUUAAGAAGAAUGUAGUGUAACUCUUUGAAAACAUUUUUUAAACAAUUGAUGAAAAUUGCUACAAAGGGACUUGUUAAUUUGAAAAUUAAGACUUGUCCAGCUCUAUUAUCUAUCUGUACUCACAUCAGUUUAUAAUGAUAAUAAAAUGCCCGAUAACAAGCAGUUGAACUUGGCUCAAUUCACUAAGAAUCAUCCUGUGUAAUAUUGAUUUCUUCAGCAUUACACGUGCAGUAAUGUUUUGUCUAUUGUGUGUUUUCUUAGAGUAUCCUGAUAAAACCAUAUGUUUUCAGAGAACUUCCUAAAAUUAUCUGUAAUGAGCAGUUAUUUAUUGCAUUUAACAUGAGAACAACAACUAAUACAUGAGGCAGAAAUGAUAGAAUAUACAUGUAUUUAUACAAACUUUCAAGCCACAAUCAUAGAAUUUUUAGAGGGAUUAUAACUUGUUUUUACACUCUCAACUACAGUUGAACUGCUGUUAUCAAAUUAUGAAAAUGUGUAUCUGCACCUUUGGUACUGAUCCAAAGUUUUAUUUUGGUAAUCCAACCAGGCUUAGCAACUGGCUCACAACUUUAUUUCAGGUAUGGUGAACCAGGACAUUUAGAUAUUGCAGACAUGGUUUGUAUGCAAUAUAAAUGUACAUACUGAUGCACAUGGACCAUUUACUUGACCUUUCACUGACAAUGAUUAGCUUACUCUGAUAAUAUGAAAGGUUUUCUACCAACAUGACCGUAUUUUACCCCCCCCCCCUUUUUAAAAAUAUGUUUAAACAAAUAAGUAACACUGCCAUUUCAAAGCAAAGGUUAUGGUGGAAUAUCUGCUACUUAACAGAAAAUGUUAAUGUAAAAACAAAAUUACUAGUUAUUAGAAGUAAAAAGUAGAGAAAUCAACAAUUACAAGGAUUAUAUCCAAAGAUAUUUUAUAAAUCUUUAUCACCUAAUUACCAUGAUUGGUUUCACUAUCAAACUUGUAACAACUUCAUCCAGUGUAGCAAGGAUCUUGUUUAUUGUAUGGUGCUUUUAUAUACAUUGCUCUAUUACCAGUGACAGUAUGACUGGAUGCUUCAAAAGAAAUCUGCAUGGAAUAUAAA